UUGAUCACGUCCUCAACAUACAGUUUUUGUCGCUCACUCUUCGGUAUCGGUUGCGAUUAUUUCUUCCGCGCUUGCCAAAUUGCUUUAUAUCAAUCUACGAAAAUACAUACAUAAAUACAUACUAAUAACAUUCAUAAAUACAUACAUACAUACAUAUAUCUCAUAUUUGCUGCUGUUCUUGUCUUGCAAAAUGUUUCCGAUGAAUUUCAACCGUUCAAUUGAUAUAGAAGAGCCAGUGGUGAUUCCUCCACCGCCGUCUCCAUUUGAUUUUAAGAAUAAAGUUAUAAUUAUAACUGGCGCUUGUUCUGGUAUUGGCGCUGCAGCAGCAAUGGAGUUUGCCAAAUGGGGUGGUCUGCUCACGGUUGUCGGUCGUAAUAAGGAAAAUUUACGUGUGGUAGCCGACAAGGUCAUUGAUGUACACGAUCAUUCACCGUUAAUAGUGCAUGCAGACAUGACGAAAGAUGAGGAGGUGCGACAUAUUGUGGAGAAAACUAUAGCCACGUAUGGACGUAUUGAUGUACUUGUCAACAGUGCAUCCGUCAUUGAAAUUGGUAGUAUUGAGACAACUACAAUGGCUCAGUACGAUCGUGUUAUGGAUGUAAAUAUCCGCGCUGUCUUUCAGCUAACUUCUUUGGCAGUACCGUAUCUAAUAGAGACGAAGGGUAGCAUUGUAAAUGUAUCAAGCGUAAGCGGCCUACGUUCAAUUCCCGGUGUAAUCGUCUACAAUCUAUCCAAGGCGGCAUUGGAUCAAUUCACCCGUUGUAUAGCUGUGGAAUUAGCGCAAAAAGGUGUACGCUGCAAUUCUGUUAAUCCGGUCGUGGAUGUAAUUGAUAUUCAAAAAAAUGAUGACUUGGAUAAUGAGGCCUACGAAAACUGGCUGGUACAUUCUAAAACUACGCAUGCGCUCGGACGUAAGGGUCUGGAGGAUGAGGUUGCUGGUGUGAUUGCAUUUUUGGCUAGCAGUAUGGCAAAUUCUAUUACCGGCGCCAGUUUGCCGGUAGACGGUGGACGACAUGCAAUGUGUCCACGAUAAGAUGGUAAGGGAAGGCCUUUCUAAGUGCAUUUAUAUAUAUAAAAAAAAAAUAUUGGACGCUAUAUCUAAUUCGAAUGUUAAAAAAUUAGUAUUGCUCAUAAAAAAAUUAAUGUUUAAAUUUAAAAUCGUUAAAUGUUCGGACCUAUUUAUCUUAUAAUAAACUUAGCUGUAUCUUGCAACGAUUCGCUACGGCACACACUCGUUGAAUGUAUGGAAA